AGUGCAGUUUGCGGUUACAGUGAAUUGAAAGUACGCCAUAAAUAUGGCGCCAAAAGAGUUUUCAAGCUGAUGAUAAGAGCUGAUUUUUCUCUGUGUUGUCUUUUUUUCUGGGGGGUGGGGGAAUAGGUAGCGAGACAAGACCCGUCCGUGCAUUUGUGCAGAGUGCGGUGUGUGCACGUCCACCGGGUAGACGAGUGGAAGCGAGGCAAGGCAGCAAGUGAAGAGCUCAAUUAUUUUUUGAAGGAGGGACGUUGCGAAACUGGCUUGCAAUCUUUUCUGACUCAUCGUUUGGAAAUAAAGAAUCCUUUUCUUUUUUUUCUUUUUCUUUUUACUCCUCCUCUUGCUUCUCCGUCCCUUCCUCCUAUAAUAACGCUGGCACCCGAGAGGAAAACAUCGUCGGGGUUUGACACCACGUUCGGGCUGCUUUUGCAAAAUGCGACAUGCUUUCCUGUGAGCGGUAUGUUGUGCGCACCUCGCAGCCUGCUAACCCGUGAACAGCAGCAGGACCAGCGGCGGCACCUCUGUGUUUGUUGUUGUUGACUUGGAAAGGCAGCAACAACUCAGCCUGGCAGCCGCUUUUGGAUUUUUAUUUCGGAUUUGGACUCGGGGGCCGGUCUUUGCAGUGCUGACGCGCUGUCAACACGCACCGUGAGGGCAAGGGAAGGGAAGGGAAGGGAAGGGACAGUCCUGUCACCCAACGUGGAUUCUGACUCGGGGCUGUUAAGCGGCAUUGCUAGUAGCCUGCCAGGGCACUGAGUGGGCAAACCGAACUACUGCUAAACCCUCCGCUGUAAAACUACAUGUGCCUGGCUCCCAAUGAUCUCCUAAUCUCUGGGAAUCGCUCGCCGUCCAGGACUGUGGACGUCUCUGCAUCCGAAGCUGACUGCGAUCAAGAUGGAGAGCGAAACGAAGAGGAGAAAAUACUCCACAAGCAGCAACGACUCUGACACCACCGACAGUCAGGUAAUGUCGUGGUCCAGGUCAUCCAAGAACACAGGCACCAGCAGCACAUGGGUCCGCCACCAGCACAAGAAACCAUCAGAGGUAUUUCGUACCGACUUCAUCACGGCCAUGAAGCUGCCAGACUCGGCCCAGCUCGGCCCGGACGACUUCUACGUGCUCUCGGACCCUUGGAGACAAGAGUGGGAGAAGGGAGUGCAGGUCCCUGCAAGCCUGGAGGCCAUUCCAGAGCCUGUGGUCAGGUUGCUCCCGACUGAGUCAACAGGUGGCCUUUCCGACAACAGGCAGGAGAGGGAGAAUAACACCCAACCUCCUCCCACCCAGCGCUACAGCUGCUAUGACCUGGAUGACAUGGACGUUGCUUGGCUGGAGUUGGUCAACCACGAGUUCAGACAGAUGGCACUACCAGAGCUGGACGAGCUGACGAUGGAGUGUGUUUUGGUCGAGCUAGAGAGCGUGUGCGAGGAGAAGAUGCGGCAGGCCAUCGAGACAGAAGAAGGCUUGGGCAUCGAGUACGACGAGGACGUGGUGUGUGACGUCUGCCGCUCGCCAGAGGGAGAGGACAGCAACGAGAUGGUCUUCUGUGACAAAUGCAACGUUUGCGUUCACCAGGCGUGUUAUGGCAUCCUCAAGGUACCCCAGGGGAACUGGCUGUGUCGGACCUGCGCUCUAGGCGUCCAACCCAAAUGUCUGCUCUGCCCUAAGAGAGGGGGGGCCCUCAAACCCACCCGCAGUGGAACCAAGUGGGUCCACGUCAGCUGUGCCUUAUGGAUCCCUGAGGUGAGUAUAGGCUGUCCAGAGAAGAUGGAGCCCAUUACCAAGGUGUCCCACAUCCCCGCCAGCCGCUGGGCUCUGUCCUGCAGCCUGUGUCGAGAACACACAGGAACCUGCAUACAGUGCUGCAUGCCCUCCUGUAUCGUGGCCUUCCAUGUGACGUGCGCCUUUGACCACGGCCUGGAGAUGAGGACCCUCCUGGCAGAGAACGACGAGGUGCGCUUCAAGUCCUUCUGUCUAGAUCACAGCUGCACCGCCAGCAACAGCAGUGCAACUACCAACAAUUUCUCCACUUUGACAAGUGUGAGCAUUGGCAGCCACACUACUACAUCAUCGACCAGCGGAGCACACGCCACAGCCAGACCUGAAUGGACUACUACCGUUGUAAGUUCUGAGCUUCGGCCGGACCAUCAGCACCAGCCAAACAUCUGCAGUGAUCAGGAGCAGAGGUCGGUAUUGUACCCAAUUUCAGUGUCAGCAUCAGAGCGAGCUGAGCGGGACCAGCUGGAGAGAGAGAAAGUGAGCCAGAGGAAACAGAAGCUCCAGGAGCUGGAGGAUGAGUUUUACCAACUGGUGGACCCCAGGGAGGUGGCCGAAAACUUGGGGCUGCCCUUUUCCCAGGUGGACUUCUUAUAUCAGUUCUGGAAGAUGAAGAGGAAGGCCAACUUUAAUCGACCUCUGGUCACCUUAAAGAGAGACGAGGUGGACAACCUGGCCCAGCAGGAGCAGGACGUCCUCUACAGACGCCUCAAACUCUUCACACACCUCCGGCAAGACCUGGAGAGGGUGCGUAACCUGUGCUACAUGGUAACACGGAGGGAGAAAAUGAAACACACCCUGUGCGACCUCCAGGAAAAGAUCUUCCACCUGCAGUUACAACUACUGGAGGAGGACAUUGCUGGAGAUAAAACCAAGAAGGGAGAAAAGAGGAAGCAGAAUGGAGUGAAGGAGAAAGGGAAGGAAAGGAGAAAAAGUAGUCCUGAGAAGAAAAAGGAGAGAUUGAAGCCAGAGAACGCCUCCCUGCUAAAAGAGCUAGGUUUGUCAAAGUCCUUCCCGUUGGACAACUCUUUGUUCGACAGCUGGCUCGCCCAGUCGGUUCAGAUCACCGCUGAUGACAUGCUGAGCCAGUGGGCUCUGGGUGCCCAGCAUCGGGACAAGAGCGGUAGCCUGCUCUCCGACCAGCUCCUGCAAGGCGAGGAAAGCCUGCUAAACCUUAUGAUGGAGAAUUCCAUGCAGUCCACCUGGAAAACACCCCAGCUGGGCCGCAAAUCGCGAGGGAGCAACAAGCCCCGUGCUCGUAGUAACUCGCAAUCCACCACCCUGCCGCAGGUGCUGCUGUCUGCAGCAGCUGCCUCCGCCGCCAGCAGCCCUUCCCCUGCAAAGAGCCUCUGGGCAAGUGUGGCGGAGGAAAAGCCCACUUAUGUGGUCCAGAAAGGGGAAAGGUCCAGGGGAUCCUCCAAGGCCUUGCACCACCACUACCUUCAUCACCACCAGACAAGAAGCUCUGACCUGCCCAGGGAACCGCCACCGCAGCCACCAAUCUCCAAAAUGGAUUCCUGUCACAUCUCAGAGGACCGCGGCCCAUGGGACAGCAUCUACACAGGGAAUGGUGUUACAUCUGGUUUCCCUCCAGGCUCAUCCCCACGUCCGGCCUCCAGCCCCGGGAUCACGUUGCCUGACACAGGGGCGACCAUUCGUGGCAGGGGUCUACGGCUCCGUCUGUCCCGCCAUGGUAAAUCCAGAGGUAGGGGUGUUAGUGGAGGUGGAGGCAUAGCAGGGCUGGAGACUGUUGGCCUGCCACUCACAGGAAAGGGCAUCUCCCUGCUGGACGCUGCCGAGACUGACGGGUACUUCUCUGAUGGCGAGCAGAGUGAUUCGGACACACGCUCUGGCAGACGCAAACUCCGCUUGCCGCAGUUGCAUUCUGGGAACGAGGACCUGCUGAGAAGGAGCGUGCUGGCAUCCUAAAGAACUGAAACUCAAACCAACACACACAUAUACACACCGUUAUCCAUCUGUGCCCAAUAUACAGUCCACAAAACAUAGCUGGAUGGCUUUGUUUAACCCAAUCCCUCUCACAUUUACUAGUGGAAAAUCUCUUCAGCUCUCACCUGCUUUCUUUUGGGGGGGGCUUGAAUGUAGCUGAUGCCCUGUUGUACAGUAAAGCCUCUCCUCUGGACCAUAGUUUUUUGUUAGCUUACCACAAGAUGCGAUACAUUCAGCAAAUAGGAAACAAACAUUACCUUUAGAUGUUUUUGAUUUGUAUUUCAGAUUCAUUUUGUUUUGGGGCGUUGAAGUACCUAUUUCUGGCCUCAUGUCUGUGGUCUCUGCCAGACUUGGGGACAAAUACUUCGUGGCAUUAUUAUUAUUCAAGCUGGUUUCAGGGUCUGCUUCGCUCUUGGUCUUUAUAGCCUGAGAUGCAUCCAAUGAGUCCUUGUUUUCUUGAAUAUGUUAAGUGGAAAGACUAUUUCACACCGGAGCUGGUCUGAAUAUGUACUAAGGGGGACAUGGGAUAAGAUGUAUUCAGCCUUGAAAAGCACAACUAGCUAGUCAUAAGAGCUGUAAUGUAAGCACUCAUGUGCAUAAUAGACGCUCAUUCAGGGUUGGGGUCAAUUCUCAUCAUGUUAAAUCAGUUCCAAAUUGUAUACACAAAAACCGUCAUUCCCAAAUCUUCACAGACUAAAAAAAACAGAUUCCCAGCUUUUCCACUUUUGUGACCCCAACCCUGGUGAACAUUCAGAUUGUCACUCAGAGACACAAACACACAUAUACUGACACACAUAUUACUAUAAGCAAAUCCCUUUGCUCUCACCACAGCCGUUGAAAUAUUUGAUCUUCUGUCAGAUGCUUUCAAAUUCUGAGUUCAGUAUUUUUUUUUCUACCCUAAACCUUUGGAGAAAAAUCAUCGUAGAAACUCUGUGCCUUCUGUCGCUUGCCCUAUGCCCCUGGCCCCCCCUUCCCCAAACCUCAUCAAUCAACCAUACAAUCAGUAAGUAAAUCAAUCAGUCGUUUCUCAAUCGGAUUUGUAACAAUCAAACCAAAAGGAAAUCCUGUUGGAUUGGUUACCGGGUGUAGCCGGUAUUGGGCUCCUUGUCACCUUAACAAUUAUCUAGUGCCUGAAACAAGGAUGUAAAUGCAGCGUUUUCCAAUAAUCAACAAAGCAUCUGCAACACUUAGUAAAGCAGAGCCACACUGUACUAUCAAUGCAAAGAGCUGCCUACUCUUCUGUGCCCCCCCCUUAACUAGAUAACGGCAGUCCAGAGCCAUCGAUAAACAGGGUUUGGCCAGGUUACAUUUUGAGCACCAGCAAUAGAUACACUUGGAGAGACAGAGAAAAUAAACUUUAGCCUGUUAACAACUCCCAUUGAAAACGGCUUUUAGAUUAGUGGCAAAAACUUGACUGUUUUUAUAUGUUGUGUAGCCAAUUUCUUCUGUCGGCUCACUGGUAUGCAUUAAAAAUGCUUCAUAAUUUCAGGUUCUUGUGUAAAAAUAUGCCAAAAUCGUAGGCAAAAAAGUCCUUUCACUGCCAACUGUCCUCAUUCGCAUGUAGUAAUGAGAAAGCUGGAGAAAGAACAUAACUAAGUAAUCAUAACUCAAAUGUCCAGUUACUGGCUUUUUCUGAGCUUUCAACUACAACUCACAGUCUUGGCUGGCUCAGAUUUCAAUGACAUAGCAGAAAUCUUCCUCAAAACCAUUUUCUCCCUUAAACUUUUGUCUCAUGCAUUGUGCUGGUUAACAUGAGUAUCCAGGGUGCAGUUUCUCCACAUCAUUUUAUGAUUUAAAAGUAUGGAAGCCCUCAAAAGUCAGUCAUUUGUUGUUAUAUGAGGCCACUGGGGUUCACAGUGUAGUUUUCAGGCAACAGACAUAAAUAGAAACAAGUUUAUCCCACUUUAUCUCCUCCAUGUGUAUCUAUGGAAUAUGUGAUAAUGGUGUAGCCCAACACUGUUUCAUUCAGCUGAGUAGGCAUGUUGUUGUGUAAGUUUGACAUAGCCAAUCUCUCGCAACUGAUGGCUCUGCUGCACCUGUUCUCCUGUUAGAUGAAUGAUGACAAUGGGAUAAUCAGCUUCAGAGUCUUGCACUCUUAAGUUCUUAAACUGAGUUGUUCAAAUUGAGUUUUUUUUUUCUCAGAGAGUUGUAUUUUGUACUUAAAGCAGUCCAUGGUAUUCUCAGGGGUUAAGAAAAACUUUAAAAAAGAAUAAAAGGUUUAAAGAUUUAUUGAAAAAGCGACGCAAGACAGAGAUAUAUAUAUACAUAUUUUAUAUCAUAUACAGUAUAUAUAUAUAUAUAUAUAUAUAUAUAAAAAGUGAUGUGUGUAUGUCUAGAAACUUCCUUAUUUGACAAGCUUCACUCUUUUCAACUCCUAAACAACUACUACUGAGCAUGUUCCUUCUCUCAGUAUGACCAUAUGCCCAUCAGCCCUAGGUUCAAUAGUCUCAGCCAAUAAUUAAUGCAUGAUUGAUCGAUGAUUUACUUGUUUGAAUUACCAGAUGAGUGGGAAAAGUCAGAUAAACAUCUAAUAAUUAAUAGCUCUGUGGUCAACUAUAAGAAGGGACUUUCUUUUCAUUCACUCGGCUCUCUCGGAGCUAAAGGCCCACACAUCUGGUUCCAAUGGAUAAAGCAUCACAAGUAACUUUAAGUGCUGCUUGACCCAGGCCUGAUGAACAGACACUUAAAUAGAAGUGCAAGUCCAAUGCACUUCCUCUGUUUUUUUUCUGUAUAGAUAGCUUCUUGCCUGUCUUCUGAACCGACCACGCCAAAGAACAGAUCUGUGUAUUAAGGCAGCAUAUUUACAUUGUAUCUACAUAUACACAUGCUCCGUCUCUGGUUUUCAAGAUGAAGAAUGUUAGAUAAGGAUGUCAAACUACCCUGCAAGUAAUGUCCAGGUCAGUUUGGGUUAAUCUCAAACUGGCUCAACCCAGCUCAAUAGGGUUCAGUCAGAAGUUGUAUGACCUCCUUUGUUACCAGUUAUACUACACCACCACCAAUAAAGCCAACCUGUAUUCUCCCACAUCUGCAUUCACAGGGGUUCAUAUCAGAAAAGCCGGUCUCCACAGUAAUGUGCUGGCGAUGGGAGUUUAACACAGACUCACACAUAUUAACCCCCUUCAGAAAAAGCCAAAUGCUGCUGAACUAAACAAACAACAGACAGCUCACACCCACCCACUCAACUACACACACACACACACACAAACAUACACCAGAGCUGGUAUAACAGGGUUCUAAUGUACAAGAUGACUAGUUUUUUAUGUAUGUGGUCCUGACUGCAUCAGGAGGUAUGAGCUCACUAAGAGCAAAACUCCCCCUAUCAGCAAGAGAGUAUUAUUACUUUUGACAAUACAGCGUCUCUGUCUCCUUUGUCCUUCAGAUGUAGCCAUCCUAAAAUAUUCACAUUAUUAGUCCUCCAACCUCGUUCAAGUCCGGAAAAAUAAACUUUUUUGAAAGAGUUUUGUAUUGAACGAUUGUCAACACAAAACCAUUCAGCAGCUGCUGAAUUUGUAAGCAUAGAUAGAUACCGGACAGGUUGAGGAUUUUGGACUUCUGCGUUGGCUACUGUUAUUGCAACACCCAUGGAAACUGACCACAACAACAAUAACCGCAAAAAAAGCUUGUGUUUUGAAGCAAGGAUGUGGUGGCGUAUCAUUAUUACGGCCCACAGAAUCCUCCACCAGGUGGUUGUUACCAUUCAUGGGUUGCUAAGACAGAAACAUGUAAUCUUGGUUUCAAUAUUCAAUGUUCAGAGUAGCCUGACUUUGUAGACAGUGGUAUUAGACAAGGCCUCACAUGUAUGGCCUUAACAUGUAGUAGCAAAUGCUAAGGCUGCACAGCGGUGGCAGGAAAACAAAAGUUACUUUUUUUGGCUGAAUUUUAACUGUAGUUGUGGAAGUGGUUAGGUGAGUUAGACUUUCUAAAGAUUCACCCCUGUUCGUAACUCACAUUUGAACCCAAGAACACUCCAAUGUAGAACCUUGUCAGACCAAUUCCAGUUUUGUUUUAGUUUUCCUCGAUACUGUGCAGCCUUAGCAAACACAAACUGGUUAUUAUACCAUAUUUACAGUGUGGCUUCAAUGCCAUCUCCUUCUGCUUCAUAGAUACUGUAGACUGGAGUCUUUUGCAGGUUCUUUUUUUUAUCAAUAUCCGCUAGAAUACAACUUCAAAGCAUCACUCUCCUCUGUGUGGUACACUGGUGUGGGUGUUGGCUGACAGCCCGAAAUGUGCUCUGAUGAUCUUUGAAUUUUGCAACUCUGUCGGAUUGGAUAUCCAGAUUAGACUUUUCUUUUCUGGGUUUCAUCCGUCAUAUCAGUCAUGGCGCAUCACAGUGAAGCAUCAGUGUCCGUAUUAGCGAAGGAUCUCCUGGAAUAUUGGAGGUUAUGUUCUUCUGCGCAAGCUUACCAUUUAGUGUGCAUGGUUAAGACAUUAUGCAUAAUGGAUACAUCUAUACAUCUAUACAGUUUUCUAAAUGGUGAGCUGGUGCAUGUGUGAGGGCAACACCCUCUCCUCUGCAGGAGUUGGCCUGAAUGCUACACCACAGAAAUAAGCUGGUGGAAAUUGUGCAUGUAAUGGCAGGUCAGAAACACCCCUACACAGUGUUGCACUCCAUCUGACUUUCUGCUGAAAAGCUGGUCCAAGGCCAACACUGGUUGCGGCAGACAAUUGGAACCUCGCCUCUAUUUCACACAGCUGCUGUUUACUGUACUGACACUGUUGUAAACUUCCUUGGAAAGACAUCACUGCUCCAACAGGGCUGGGUUCCUCAGAACUUCCUUAGCUGAGCAAAGAUCACGUUUCAAGCUUUUUAUUAGUAGGGAGGCAAGUUAGGACCACCCAUCAACAAAACACCAGUAAAUGUUGUUGUACAAAUGGAUUUAUGCAACUAAACCAUCUGGUUUAAUUGAACAGAAAUUGUAGAAGAAAUACAAAUUCUAAACCUUGCAGCUACUGCAUGGAAAAUAUUUGGUU